AUGGCUCAGGUGAAUUUGGAGGAUGCUCUCGAUCACAUCCAGGCGAGCAAGGCCGCCGACCGUCGACAGGGCUUGGACGACCUCAAGCACAUCUUUCGCCACAACAAAGGCAGUAGCCGGCUCCGACAUCUUCUCGAUCGCGACUUCCACCAUAUCUUCGAGGUCCUUUUCAAGGUUGCCCUAGAUGGACAGAACUCGCUACUCAAUGCGAAGACCGCAAACAGCCGUACCAGCGCAACGAAUCGUCUCUCUGACAUCGCAGGGGGAUUGCGCCAGUCGGUCGAGGCUGGUAUACGUGUGCUCCAACUUAAGACCAUUAGAGCCGUACUAGACCAUGUGACUGGAUGCUUGUUCUUGACGAACGGGAGCUUGUGCGAGCCGCUGGCUCUGGACUAUGCCAAGACCUUGCGCGCGGUACUCAGCUAUCAGCCGCACGUGGAACAAAUGAAAGCCGAGCACUGGGACAAGCUGGCCAGAUUCUGCAGUUCAGUGAUCUCACAGGCUCAGCAAGAAGUCUCAGAUGAUGAUACCUCUUCAAUGGGAGGAGGCACGGGCUACGGCCUGAGCCACCUAUCUUCCCGUUCUACCAUCCGCGACUCCGUGGGCUCGCAGAGCAAGCGAUCGAUCAUAAAGCCGAUUGCAGAAGAGAUGGUCGGCUGCCUCCGAUUGUUGACCGCCGCGCCGAACGCACCAAGACUGUCAUCAGGAAUCGAUCAUCUGUGGACAAUCAUCAAUGCACUCAAGACAUGCACCCUCUCUCGAGAACGAGCACACCUUGACGCAUUCGGAGCCAUCAACAAUAUCUUAUCGUGGACGAGAACAGAAUGUAUCCGAGCCACGCAGAAAGCUACGAGCCAGCUCCUUCGCCUUGUCAAGCAAUUUUGGUCCACCAAGUCUCCAGCCCUUGGUCAAAUGCUCACAACGGUUCUUUUCCUUCGACCGUACAUCUCGCAUGCGAUGCAAGGAGAGGAACGUGUGACCAUGCUACCCGAACUGACUCGCCUCCUGCACAGCCUGGAGACCGAGUAUUCGAUCAGACACGACAGAAAUGGAUUGCUACUCGAAGAUUUGCGUCUCGAAAUCAAUAGCGGCCCUUUAAGAAAGGGACAAGUCGCUACUGCGCUCUUUUCACUGCGGCCCACCGGCGCACGAGCCGAGUUGAAUUGGGUGCUUGUGAAUAUACUUGCUUUUCUCCGCAGAAGUUUGAUCGAUGCAGAGCAGCAUAAGACACCCAAUGCUGGCAACGAGGCGGACCGCGAUGAAGACGAGGAUGAGAUAGAUCUCCGUCCGAAGAAGCGAUUGCGACUUACAGACCCGCUGAGCUCGCUUGUGGAAACGACAAGUCGAGGUACGACACAAGAGCGAAUUUGUGCUCUCCAAACAAUGGCCUUCCUCGCUCAGCAGCUGCGGUUCUCGAGUCAACAACUCCACAAGAUCGUGGACAGCCUCUUGAUUAACUGCAGCGAGGACAACACCAGCAUAUGCUCAUGGGCAUUUCUCGCGGCUGCCAGCUGUGCUGUGCAGCCUUGUGCAUCAAGCUCUAAUCUGACGGAUGCAUGGAACACAAUAUGGCAGUUAGGUGUGCGCGCACUGGGCAACAACUCGACUUGCCGCGCUGCGGCUUACACUCUGUCUGUAUUGCUCGCCUCGCAACUCACGUCACAGGCGCAAUGCUUAGACUUCGUCCACGUUAUCACGCAUACAAUGGAAUUGAGCGGCCCGAGCCAGUUGUCAGAUGCAGUCACGCUUUUGCUCACCAUCUUGAUGAGGACAUCGCAGCAACAGAACCCCACGAUGGCAGCCGCUACAUCCGAGAGCAUCGUGAGUUGGCUGUCUCAAAACUUCAAGCCAAGCAAGCUCGAAGACAAGCCGACUACGAUGAACGCCGCAUCAUACGAAGCUUCGGAUAUCCUAAUUCUGACUUCGACAUGCCUUGGUCAAGCCCUGCAUCAUUUGCAUGUUGGCGGGCCACCUAUUUGGGAUCUCUGUGCCCGAGCGUGGUUAUCUUGCAUGGAGGACGAGGCGGCCAUUGCGUACCUCCUGCUUGAACCAGCUACCAAGCCUAUCCUGAGCGACAUGAUGAAGAAGUUCGCUUUGCUUCCGCUUACGUCUACCCACUCAUCGCGAAUAUCGACCGAGUCUCUGAUACUGAAUCACAACAUUGCGGAGUUGGGUCUGUGUCAGCAGUCGUGGAAGGACCUAGUGCACGAUCGCGCUCGGCCUCCUAGUAAUGAUGCCGUUACCAUGCUCUGCAAAGCGGCGUUGACCGCCGAGUGCGUUUCCAGGUGUAUGACUUUCAGGGAUACUCGAAAAUUGGGACAGCUGCAGAAACUGGCGAACGACAUGCUCAACACGUUGAGCGCCUUCGUUGCCUCAGAUCGCUGCGAAGCGGAGCACAUGGCGUCCUUCGUUUCCACUCUAUCUGCAGCAUGCUCGAAACUACCCGCCCAUUCUAUCGAUGCGGCCGUCGCUGGGCAACAGCGACCUUGUGAGGGAGCAAUAUGCCAUGCUCUCGCUACCGGGCUGAACAAGAGAUAUGUCACCAGCGAUGACACACUUGAUGAAGACGCGAUGGACUUCGACGACGCGGCCGAAUCCCAGCAAAGUCGUGGCAGCAAUAUCUUGCAGAGCAGAUGUGAAUUACUGAGCAAUGACGACGUAUCGUACAGCAGCACGGCGCUCAGGCUGAACGUGCAUCUCUACUGCAUUACUGUAACCACCCUGCAAGGAGGCGCGGGAGGAGUUGUCAGCAUCACAUCAGCCUCGCAAGCCGUUGUAGACUUCCUUCUAUCUCUCAGCGACGAAGAGCUUCUCUCGUGCCGCGACAUGAUUGCCAACCUUCCCGGCGUAGGUGUCCCGCUGACUGCGAAAGACACCGAACGCCUUCUGGGAUACUUCAUGGAGAAACUGACACGCAAGUAUGCCUACCGUGCUUCAGAGGUUGCGCUGGGCUGCGUGCUCGACCUCAUGCAAAGCUUGAUCGACACCUGGACAGACAGUGGCGAGCCCCACCUUUUCUGUCUAGGUCUUGACACCUACGAUUGGUUCGCCGAAUACGCGCUUACUGAUGACAUCUUCUCCCCUAGCGUGCAGAGGAGAUUGGCGCAGUUACUUGUACAACUUUGCCAGCUCAGGUCGGAUUAUGGCCGUGACAGCGAUGCAGGCACUCCGCGAAGCUGCUGCUUCAAACUCCUCGGUAAACUACCCAUCGCGGUGCAGUACAAGCUUGCUGAUCAGAUCCCAACUCUGUUUGGCAGGCUAGUGCUCUCGGAGCAUGCCCGCAUGUUCGACGACCUAGCGGGAAAUCUGCCCACCAAUUUGGAUUGGCCAGAAGGCAUGGCCUUACGAUUACUUCACUUGUCGAAACUCGGGUCAAGCUGGCGAUCGCUCCUGCGAUCCUGCACUUGGCUCAUAUUCGAGACUGCUGGGCGAGUCAAUAGUUGUGUUGCCCAUGCCCGCCAAUGCAUCCAAGAAUUAGCAUCCUCGCUACCUUUACAGAAUCCUCAGAAGCUGUUCUCGCUCUUCGCACCUCAACUGCUACAUACCUGGCUCGAGAAUGGUAAUGCCAUCUCUGGACUUCCUUGGGAAACAUUUCACUAUGCCUCCCUGUACGACCUCUUGCGGCGUCAUCGAUCCGAGAUCAUGGCGCAGCUGGUGCUCAGAGGCGACGAAGCUGGGCUUGAGGUUAUGCAGAAAGCCUUGAAGUUAAUGCCACGUGAUGCUAUCAGACAAUCUUACGGCAAAUGCGUGGCGUACUGCCUGGCCAAAGACGUCGUGAGCAAGCCUCUGGAAGGGCAAGAUCCAAAUCACCUCGAACAUCGUCUGCGAGAUAGCAUAGGUGGCAAGGAUCAGCACAAGAAGCUCAUCAGUCGACACCUGCCAACGAUCGUUGGCUACAUCCUGCUUUCCACCGAGCAGGACGCACGAUCAGACAAAUGGCUGGCCAAGCAUGAUGGUUAUACUGGAACAGCGGAAGCCCUCGCCGAAAUGAUGAAGCAUACUCGGAAAGACGAGGAAUUGCCGCCCGCGCUGGAGCCAUCAUUCACUGGACACUAUCUCUUGGACCAAUUGAUCAGGUUGUGUAAACGUGUCAACGCUUCUCCACUUAGUAUCUGGGAUGCUUCAUCGUUCGUUCUCACCACUCGCAUGCUGUUGGAUGCCGUGGAUAUGUCAUUGGGGUCUUUGCAGUGUUGUCGAAUCCUUCGACGAGUCAUGAUAGCGGUCGCUCUCGCCGGAACGAUUGCGCUUGAUGGUUUUGGUCCGGAGAUGCUGAUCCAUUCUCUCCGACCGUUCGUGAGUGACAGCGCUUGCGCUAAUGACACAAUCGGGUUGCUGCAAUACUUGUUCGACAGAAGUCGCGAGUACCUUCGCUCAGCCCUUCGCUUCACCACAGGCGCUGUUAUACUUCUUGUUCUGCAGAUGAGGAAGCAUGCUCGGAGCAGACAUGAUAGCACCACUCAAGAAAGCCACCAUUCCGAGACUGUGAGGGUCAUGGGCGAAUUCCAGACGUGGCUUGUAAGCUACUUGUCACAAUUGACGUGGGACACUCAGUGCAGCGCGUAUUCAGGACUCACUGAAGCACUAGGGAACGUCAAGCUUCCUGGAAACGCCAACGCCGACAGCGCCGAAAGCUCCCUCCUGCUAUUCCUGCUUAAUCAAUGGAGUGCGGACGACUCACUCUGUUCCCGCGAUGACACGAUUGAAGCUUUACAGAUUCUUGCAGAGGAUUUCAUCUUGCCGCUAACAACAGCAUCAGAUGUUUUGGGCGAUGACUCACAGGCAACACGAUAUUCCCAAGAGAUCUGGGAGAUUUUGCAGAUUGAAUCGCUCAGCAGAUCAUUCACCACGUGGGCAGCUACUUCAUUGGGACGUGCUUACGCCGCAACUGGAGCACGACCUGUUCAGUCCGUCUCCGGAAAGCCGUUGAUGAGAACACUGGAUGCCGAGAAUGCCUCGCGUGCUUCGCACACCGCCCUGGUGACAAGGGUGGCUCGCCUAGUCUAUUCUCAAGACCGGUCAGAGGCUGGCCUAGCAGAGUACACCCUACGCAGAAUGCGAGACACCUUUUCUCAUGGCUCAGAUACCGAAGGAGCCAUACAGUUCCAAGAGAUGACCCCUGAAUCCAUUUAUUCUGCAAUUUAUGGCGGGCCAUACGGGUAUGAGCCGACGCUGGCUGUCAUGGACCGGUUCCCCAAAAGACCGGACACCAACCUCGUGCAGAAGGCAAUGGCAUUGUCCCGCGAGACUAGUCUUGAGGUCUGGGCAACAGAGCUAGCGUCCGUCUUGUCCUCGUGGGCUGCUGGAGAUCCGAUAAUUUCUUCGCUUGUGGCGCUAUUCCAAAAUGUUCGCGGGCUUGCGAUAGAACUGCUUCCUCAGAUCAUACACAUCUUGCUUACCAACGAGCACACAACAAUUGCGCCGCUCCUCGCGCAAGCUGUGAACGACCACUUGUGUGUCGAUGACGAGGACGUCUCACCUAAGCAACAAUUUCUCUUGCGCGUCUUGCUAUAUCUGCGGAGUCAACCGUUUCCUGGAGAGACGACACGUGCAGACCGCGUUCAUUGGCUGAACAUAGAUAACAUGGUUGCUGUUCGUGCAGCAGCUAGAAGUGCCAUGCCCGCAGCUGCACUACUGCUUGCUGAAUCCACAUGUCUUCCACCUAUCCAGGACAGCCGCAGGAAUUCGAGGAGGAUUUCCUCAUCUCAAGAUCAAGCUGUAUCUCGACCUCCGCCUGAACUUCUGUUGUCCGUUUACAAACAAAUGGAAGAGCCUGACUCGUUUUAUGGCGUCACACAGGAAGCUUCGCUGAGUGCAGUACUCGAGCGACUGGAUCAUGAGGGAGAUGGCUUCCGAAGCAUGAUGCUGCGCUCCGCGCAAAUGGAUAGCCACAUGCGUUCUACGCAUCGACUGGCUGAACAUGAUGCCGUUGGCAUGAUACAGUCGCUCUCGAGCCUUAACUUUAACAGUUUAGCAUUCGCCUUGGUCGCGCAAGGCGUAGGGAGCACAUCAAGAUGCCAAGAGGAGAUGUUGAAAGCAGCGCAGAGUCUGCAGCAAUGGGACAUCACGCCACCCGAAGGACACAGCGAGUCCUCAGCAGCUUUUAGUGUGCUGCAGGACCUCAGCAGAGCCAGCGACGCCACACAAGUCCUCGACAGAUCAAGAACUGCAUUGUUCGAUUUUGUGAAGCAUGGCAUCCGACGAGAUCGAGCGUCGAUUCCAUCGCCUACCUGGUACGCCAACCUCGCAUCCCUAACAGAGAUCAGCGAAAUCACAACUGCCGUUGCAGACGCAGAUCUCGACGAGCGGUGGGAAGUCUUCGCCCGUCGACAUGCUUGGAUGCACUUAGCCAAGUUCGAAGACGUCAAGGUGUUUCUGUCGGGAAGGCACACGCUCUUCGGUGUGCUCAGCCAAAAUGUGCAUCUGCAACAGAGCAUGCAUGUCGCGUUAAAGAGAUGCCGAAUACUGGAAGUCGAAGCGCUACUGGCAUUUUCGCGCCUCUCUCGAGAGCACUCCAAGUUACAGGAGGCACUCACCGCAUCAGCGACCAUGAGCGACAUGAUCGAGACCUGUGGAGCAGCCGGAAUCAGGGUGGAAAGCGCCGUAAAAAUGGAGACUGCUUCAGUUCUAUGGGAUGCAGGAGAAGCUACCAUGUCAGUCAAAAUGCUCUCAAGUCUCAGCCAGCCCGGCGUUGAGCUUGCCGGUCAAGACGUUGCUGUUGGGCGCGCCGGUCUCCUUGCGCAGCUCGCCCAUGAAUCUGCCGAAGCUCGUCUGGAGAAACCUGAGCAGAUUUUAAGCAAAUAUCUCAAACCCGCGUUGAACGCUGUCUCCAGGACCAAGGAUCGAUCAGAAAUCAGUCAAGUACAUUAUGAAUUCGCCAAGUUCUGUGAUCACGAAUUGCAAAAUCCCAGCACCGUCGAAAACCUGAAUCGCGUCACGAAACUGCGCCAGAGCAAGGAGGAAGAGGUCGAAGCCUAUAGGCAAGCUUUGCAGACAGGCAAGAAAACGCAGCCCGAGCGACAUCAGAUGAGCAGAAGCUUGCAUCAAGCACAGACAUGGCUCGAGCUUGAUACUGCGGAAGAAAGGCGUUUGAGGAAAACUCAGAGCGAUUAUGUCAAUUUGAGUCUGCAGAACUAUCUGCAGGCGCUUGCGGCUUCUGAGGAUCACGACAUCUGCGUGUUGCGAUUCUUCGCGCUCUGGCUCGAAAAUACUGAUGGCAUCGACCAAGGUCCGGACGCCACAGUGCUUAAAUACCUGCCACAGGUACCAAGCUGGAAGUUCGUCAGAUUAAUGAACCAGCUAAUGUCACGCUUGGAUGAUUCGAAGACACCGUUUCAGCAAGCCCUAGCGGAACUGCUGCGACGUAUCUUUGUUGAACACCCCUGGCAUAGUUUGCACCAUCUCUUCGCGCCUCGAUCGAUGCAUACGGCCACAGACCCUGCGACUGCUUCUCGCUAUCGUGCCGCCAAGUCAAUCCACAUUGAAAUUAGCAAGAAUGAGGAGAGCCGCAGCAUCGCUGAUAGACUAUUUGCAGCAGACACGCGGUACAAGGCAUUGGCAGAAAGUAAGCCGGAGUCGGGGGGCGGUGGCAGCAAGAUCGACAUCAGUCGCUUCCAGCAGGCUUUUCGCGUGCAUCAGAAAAUCCCGCCAAUGGAGUUACCGCCUGCCACCAUCACAUUGCCGUUGAGACCAAGCGCGUCUUAUAGUGAUGUGCCCACCAUCACACGGGUUGAUCAGACAGUAUCCAUCAUGAGUGGUCUCAGCGCACCAAAGAUGCUGAAAUUGCAAGCGACUGAUGGUAAAUGGUACCGCGAGCUCUACAAGAGCGGCGACGAUGACCUGCGGCAGGACGCCAUCAUGGAACAGGUGUUCGAUGAAGUCAGCAGCAUGCUACGCAAUCACAAGGCAACGAGACAGAGGGAUCUCAAGCUUCGCACAUACAAAGUGAUUCCGCUCUCCAGCGGGUCCGGCAUCAUCGAAUUCGUCCCGAAUUCCAUGCCCAUCAAUGAUUUUCUGAGCCCAGCGCAUAAAACGUAUUAUCCCAAGGACAUGGCCCCGCACAAGGCCAGAGAGGCGGUCGCGCGGGCGUACGCGAAUGGACAAGGCUCUACGACCGACCGCGUCGCCGCAUUCCAGAAGGUCUGUGCUAACCUGAACCCCGUCAUGCGGCAUUUCUUCCUGGAGCGUUUCGACGACCCGGACGAAUGGUUCACAAAGCGGACCGCGUAUUCACGUACGACAGCAAGCAUAUCCAUCCUUGGCCAUAUCAUUGGUCUCGGAGACCGACACUGCAGUAACAUCCUGCUCGAUGAGCAGACAGGUGAAGUGGUGCACAUUGACCUCGGGGUCGCGUUCGAGGCUGGGCGGGUUUUACCAAUUCCAGAGCUCGUGCCUUUUCGGCUCACUCGCGACAUCGUGGAUGGAAUGGGAUCAACCGGUGUGGAGGGGGUAUUCCGACGCUGCUGCGAGUUCACGUUGGAUGCGGUACGCGAGGAUAAGGACAGUAUUAUGACAUUACUGAAUGUGCUGCGCUACGAUCCACUGCACAACUGGACGAUAUCCCCACUGCGAGCCAAGAGGAUGCAAGACGCGCAAUCAGAAGUUUCGCGCCGCAAUGGUACUGUUGCGAAUUCGUCGAAGAGAAAGGAGCAGGAGGCAGGAGAAGCUGAUCGGGCGUUAUCGAUCGUGGAGAAGAAGUUGUCGAAGACGCUGAGCACUGCUGCAGCUGUCAAUGAGUUGAUCCAGCAAGCUACAGACGAGAAGCACUUGGCAGUACUGUUUGCAGGAUGGGCAGCGUACUUUUAGUGAUGGGUCGAAGUCAUGCAGAUAUUAUAUAGAGCGA